AUGGAAUGUUGGCUUUGGAACUAUUCAGAUAUUGGUAGCCUGUGUUUACAUGAGUGUCAAGUGGAGUUAGUGAACUUUACAGAUGAUACUGCAGCUAAAGCUCUUGAAGGUCUCAGAUUGGACGAUUGUGAAAUAGUAACCUUUGAUACAAUUUUUAAGGCUGCACAAGUAGAACACUUAAUAGGCAAUGAAUUGUUUAAGAAAGAUCAGUUCAGUCAGGCCAUAAACAAAUACAGGAAAGCUGUCAAACUCCUUGAGAAAUGCAAUCUUAAAGAUGAAAAAGAUGAAGCCCAACAGCGGCAUAUGCUGCUUAAGUUGUACAUCAAUUUGGCAGUGUGUUACAACAAGCAGAAGGCGUCUAGAAGGGCAUGUGUUAUGUGCAAGAGUGCACUUGACAUCCAGCCAAGAAAUGCCAAGGCCUUAUUCAACUUUGGAAGAGCUCUUCUGAUGUUAAGUGACUUUGAUCAAGCUAAGUGUCGCCUGAUAGCUGCUCAGAGGAUUGAACCAGAAAAUAUUGAAAUUUCCAGUGAGCUGAAGAAGCUGGAUAAAAAACAGAAAAUGUAUGAGGUUGGUGUCAAAACGUUUUCCCAACGCAUGUUUAAUAGUGCUUCAGAAAAAGGAGAUACUGAGCCUAAAUCAAAGAAAUGUGUAGUGUCAGCAGAUUUCGAAGAUUCUGCAAGGACAUACCUGACAGAGUUUCGUAAUGAUGGUGAAAAAAGUCAGAUGCCACUACCCACAGGAUUGACAACACAAGAAGAGUUUUGUAUCAGACAGAUUUCCCAGCAGCUAGGAUUAAUUGUUUUUGUACAGGAUUGUAGGGGAGAAAAGAUUACUUAUGUAUCAAAACCUGAACCUGAAUGAGGUAGUGUUACAUCUUAUUUUCAUAAAUUAUCAUCAUAUACAUUAAGGAGUUGCCGAGUAGGUCUAUUUUCUCAUUGGUACUCGUCCUGUUGCAGCCAUCUUGUUGGAUGACAAAUGUCUCCUCUUUCACAUAUUCUGUAAUCCAUUGUUUGUUUAACUGUAUUACUGAUUGGCAUUUCAAGAUGCUCUUUUCUGUGUGAUAACCUUAAAAUAUUCUGAGACAGAACUUUAUACGGUAGCAUUAAGAGGUCUUUAGAAUAUUGUAUUUAUCAUUUAGUGUUCAUACACUUGCAGCCAGUUGAACCACUUCUGCAUUUUUCAAGGUGACAAGCCAGUUCUUCAUCUUCUCUCAUCUGUGGGGAAAAGGUUAAAAUCCCAUGGUGCAAACUUGGGACAGUGCCUCCAUGCCAUGAGUUGCUGAUGCAUGUGCCAAUGAAAAAUGUUGGUGUUUCAUCAGAUUCAGAGGGUGGAACAGCAACUGAGAACCAAAAUUACAUUCUCUGGAUGUCUCAGCUGUCUUAUGAUUAGAGAAUGCAACUUCCUGCACUUCUAUCACAUUUCCGUUAUUCCACUGGAUGGUGGAUGUUGUCUGCUGCAGAGGUUGUAUUCUGAAUCCUAACCAUCCUUGAAUCUGUGAUGCCAGUCAUGUCUUGGACUGGGAUAUUGUUGUUUUGCCAUACACUUUCCAAAAAACAUUUGCAGCUUUAAUUUUCCCAAUGCUUGGCAAACUUUUAAAAAAAUUCCAAGUGUUUUUACUCGAAAUGCACAAACAAGCAGUAUGUUGCAGCGAUAAUUUUGCUAUAUUUGCUCUUGCCCCAGAGUUUUCUGAAGCUACCAUGUAUAUUUAUCCUUCCUCAUAUGGGAAUGGGGUAUUUAAACCCCUGUACUACAAGGCUGCCUGCCAGACUUUAACUUUGGGAUUAAUGGUGUAGCCAUGUGGUACUGCAACACUAGGCCACCUGGACCACAUAAGCUAUGAUGCAGGACAGUGUCAGAAUGGAAUAGAAUUUAUUUACAUUCCAUUCCAUAGAUCUAAGCCAAGGAUGUAUAAUGUCACAAUAAAAUAGAUUAAAUACAUAUUUUUAACAACUCUUUACAGACAUCCGAUAUAAUACAAUGUUACAAUAAGAAGAAGUGCUGGCUUAAAUACUUUUAUGUCAUGAUUUAAGCUUUUUAUAAUGGGAGAAAGGUUAUUGAGUAAGUUAAUUCCCUCAUAGUAAACACCUUUUUAUAUUUGCUGAGGUUUGCAUUUGGCUCAUGAAGGUUAUGUCUGCAGCUUGUAUUUGUAUUGUGUACAUCUGAAUUUGUUUGGAAUUUCUUCCAUGUUGUCCACAACAAAUGAUUAUGAAAAUAAGAAUGUGCUGGCUAGUGGGAGAAUAUUAAACUUCUUGAAUAAUUCCUUACAAGGGACUCUCCCUGUAAUGCCUGCCAUUCUAAUUGCAUUCUUUUUGACAUAAAAUACUUUUUUGUGUUUGUUGAGUUUUCCCAGAAUAUUAUUCUGUAUAAUAGAAUGGAGGUAAACAAAAUAGACUAAUUUAAAGUUUCUAUAUUCA